UGUUGUCGAUGUCUUCAUUCGGAUCAUCUUUCAUGUGGUAAUGAAGUUGUUGAUUUGAGUCAUGAGGCAAAACAUUUUGAUAACGAUCAAGUUAAUGCUAUGACCGCAGCUUUAAGCGAGAUUAGGGACGAUAUUAAGCGCAUUAAGGUUGAAGUUGAUCUAAAAAACGAAACAUGUAAUACACAUGUGGUGAAAUGCAAUAAGGAAAUAGACGAUUUGGAAAAGGAACUUAAACAGAUCUUGGAAGAUUCAAUGGAAGGUUUUAGACAGGAAGUGUGUAAAAUUAUCGAUGAAAACAAAGACUCAUAUUCAUUCAUUUCUUUCUUUUGUGAAGAUAAAUCGUUUUGGGUUGAUAAAGAGGAACGCCAAAUUAAUGAAUUUGUUGAGAAAUCGUUCACUGGUUACCUCUACCUUUUUAGCCGGAACUUUGACGACAAAAUUUCUGAGGUCAAAAGGCAAAUAAAGGAAGCCCAAUAUAAGCAUACCUUCAAACACGUUUGCAUGAAUGAAAAUAAGGUUGUCUUAAAAUGUAUAACCGAAGACCUGAGGGAUGUUUGUGUACCUAGGGAUGAGGUUGUUGGAAGCGACGAAUUGACCACACAAUCAGCUGGAAGUGGGUGUCAAAAAACGCAAAAGACACGUAAGGAACUCAUCGAAGCAUUGAUUCAAGCGAAACAGGAAUUAGAUAAGGCAGAAACGACAAGGACGGAACUCUGUGACGAGGUGAAACAAGUGAAACACGAUCUGGACAAUUUAGAAAAGGCACGGCAAAAUGUCGAGGAUGAGUUAAAACGAACGAAAGAAGACCUUGCCCGAGUUGAAAGGGAAAUGGAAGUUGCUCAGACAAAGAUUCUACAUAUCAAAGGAUACUAUGAAUGGACACAGCCAGCUGGAACAGUUAGUGCCAAGACCAGUAAAGACGUAGUAUUAUUAGCUGAUAUACCCACUAUCAAGAUGAGUUUUACAUUUCAAGAUGGCAUUCAGACGCACGUCCAUCCUUCCCCGGGAAAACCCUAUAAAGGCGGGAAGUUUACAGGCCGUUUGGUGUUCGAAGGUGAGGCCUUGCUGGUAUGUAGGAUGAUGAAAGCGGCGUUCAGGAGAGGACGGAUGUUCACUGUUAGCAAGAACGGGAAAGUUAUCCUGGAUGGCGUUUCAUUGUUUAAUUAUAAAGAAUGGAGUUCGAUAUUUAGGGCGCCCUUAUCGCACUACACACAGAAGGUAAAAGCCGAGCUGAUGGCUAAAGGCAUCACGGAAGAGGACAUAGAUCCGACAGAGGAGCUGGAAGAAACCUUCAUCGUUGAUGGGUUAUCUAUGAUCGAAGUUGUGCUGAAUUCUUAAAUGAAGCCAUGUUUGAGUUGGAAUACAAGGGCAUAACAGCAGCAGAUGGGAACAGUUUCUCUUGUUAAGCUCCAUGACAAAUAUUAUUUCAUGAUUUUUUUUCUCUCGGCAAAUAAAUAUUCCGAUAUGUUUAAUUUUAUAACAUGAUCACUCACAGCAAUGUCUCUAGUACAUCGGAUAGGCAUUUUUGGGGAAUUCAGCUGUGCUUGAACACUCCUGGCAGCCGCCAUGCUUGAUGAGUCAUGCACUGUGACGCAAUA